CAUGUAAAUGAAUGACGGUGGUAAGAUGAGCACAAGCACUAUGACAGCAUUCAACAGUAACUUUCCGCUCGAACUGGACGGACUGAUGUCAACGGAAGCUGUGUGAGAGUUUAACGGGAGGAUAUACUCAAUAUAAUAAAAUUCCUUGCACUUCAAGAAGAGAAGGGGACAAAAUAAAGAAUGACAGAUAUAAUGAACAACUCAGAACACAGUCGAGAAGACUUCACUAUGAAUGACACCGGAGAGCAAGGCGUUUCCUUUCAGAUUUUUCCAGACACAAAAGAGCGCCACCCCAAGCUGUCCAAGCGCCUGCCCUCCAUCGUAGUGGAGCCCACAGAGGGAGAGGUGGAGAGCGGAGAGUUACGUUGGCCCCCAGAUGACCUGAGAACCACAGACCCUUCCAGCCAUACGCACACACCCUCUGAAGAGAUCACACCGAUGUCCGCGUCACAAACCCAGAUAUCACACAGCCAGAGUGCAGAUGAAGUCAAGUGCAGCAGCCUGGAAACAUCAGGGGCAGCUGAGCAUAACUGAAAUUUAAUAAAGACAUUGUCGCAAGUCUGUCAUUAUCACAAGUCUCAGUUCUCACACAGUUUUCACACUUAGAAAGGCAGAAACACACAAGUGGUGUGAAUAAGAUCAGCGCUCACAAUGCUAUAUCUGAGCACCAUUUAUAACACAUUCAUGGCUUUAAAAAGACAUUUUGAAAGUCUUUUGUACUUUUCAAAAUGGCUUUAAAUUGCUUUCAGAUUUAAAGGCCUAGUUUGUAUCUUUUUUUCUGAUGCAGAAAUUAUGCUAAGUAUCUUCUACAUUUUUAUAUAUGUCUGAGAAUAUACUGAGUUUUAUUUGGAUGCCACAACAAAAAAUGGAUUGUAUGAGCCCCCUAAAGUUGAUCAAUUUGAAUGUACAAAAUAAUGUUCUAUAUAAAUGUAUAAAGAACUGUUCCUUUAUCUUAAGUGAACAAUAGAGCUGGCAAAUAUUGCAUUAUAAUUUAGCUUUAAUGACCAGAAAGUUGUAAUUUACUCAUCAGAAUCAAGUAUAUAAAUGAGCCAUAUAAUAAGCACAAGAUACACAAUGGUUUUGGACACUUCGCGUCAAAUCUAGAACAAGAUAUUAUUUGAUUUGUUGUUAUGCCUUUCACUUUGAUGUAUCCCACAAGCCCAUAUAUAUAUAUAUAUAUAUUCAGAAUGAUUGUUCAUGUGAACAUUAUUCAUAACAUGCUCAGUGGCUGAAAACUUUAUGUGAGGAGACUCCAUCCUCUCUCAACACCAUCUGGCUGAAGCUUGUGAGGAAUGACUGCUGCUGAACUUCAAACAUGUCUGCCUGUCAAUCAUCCUGAGGACAAUGACAUCCUUAUAUCUCCAAGCCCUGUCUGACUUUCUGAAGACUUGAAAUUAUGUUUUUUGUGCACAUACACAAUAUUUUCAAAGUCCCACACUGGACUACAGACAGAGACUACCUAUUAUACAACUUAAUUCAACUUCUGAUUUUAAUUAGUUGUGUUUGCUAAGACAAGCUUGGCUAUUAAUAUUUUCUUUCUUAGGGUUAUAGGAAUUUAAACAGACACCUUGGUAACUCAUUCUGAACAGUUUGUACUACAGGCAUGAAUGACACUUCAAUUCGUGUUGGGAAAUACGGCCAACUCCAAUAUCAUGACUGACAGUUCGUAACUAUUUUACGCUUUGGCGAUUCGGUGUCUUAUUUGUAUGAUCUCAUUCAUACGUUUAUGUACAAUCUGCUUACGCUCCAGCGAUGUUUAUGUUUAAGGGUGGAUCUUCAAGCUUACUUUUUUCAAAAAAUGUGUUUUCAUACAAAAUCACCACUUUGUAAAACAGUUAGGUUGUGAGAUUGGAUUAGUAUUGCAUGUACAGUCACAUUUUUUUACAAAAAAAAAAUUAAAAAAAUUUAGUUAACGGCAAUAGUUCAGAUAGUAAUAUUGAUAAUGUGAUUCUAAACCAUUCACUUCACAACAUACAUUAUAUUUUUAAAUCCCCAUUGUGAAACUGCCUUGAUGUGUAUCUCUGUUUAUAUAUUAAAAUGGCAUUUUGUCUACUGUAAUAUUGUCAUAAUCCCGUGACUAAAGGCUUGUGUUGUUUUGAAAACACUCUCCAUCACUAUCAUAUAAGAGGUGUCACCAUCAGGAUUUUUUUCAAUCUUUUUUAUUAGCAUGCAUUGAAAGUUGUGACUUUUAGUACAUUUAGAAUAAUGAAACUGACAUAAUUAACCAGAAAAUACAACUUUUGGGGGGAAAAAACCUGAUCGGAUUUUUUUUUUUUUUUUUUUUUGUCCAAUUGCCUUCAUUCUCGAUAAAAUUUUGCAGUAAAGAUGAACUGAUAUUUUGAUAUUACACUUGCUCUUAUGCACACAUUUUUUUGUUUGUUUGGUAAGUUAAUAAAGAUUAAUAUUAAAUAA